GAUAGAUAGCACCGCCCAGCGCUUGCCUCUGCUCAGCCUCUGUGCCUCCUGUGGAUUCCCUAUUCAUCAAUCAUCAUGUGAAUGCCGUCAGGCAAGACGUGGCAGUACCGCGGCAGUACCGUGUCGAACCUGGGACGGACGGGCGCAGCCGGUAUCGAUGAGGCCCCUGCCGCCAAGCGCGCGGACACCCGCGCCGUCGGGGCCGCGGGCUCUGGCCUGCGGGCUAGUUUCCUGCUGCCGUCGGCUGGGCGGCGGCCGUCGCCUUCGGUGGCUGGAGCGGACGGCGGCGCUGCUGGGCGUGCGAGGAGCUCCCUGGCUUCAGGAGGCCCGUUUGCCGGUGGUGGCGGCGAGCCCGGCGGUGGCGCUGGGGCGGCUGGGCUGGGCCCGGACCCUGCUGUGGGUGUCGGCGAGUGCGACUACGGGACCAUCUUGUCCGCGGCGGACGUCACGGCCUUGCUGGCUGACCGCGAUGAGGCCCCCGUUACCUUCGAGGCAGUCCUGCAGCAGGCGCUGUGGGAUGCGAGUGAUCAGUGCGCGGUGUGCUGUCGUGGCACUGGGCGCGCCCUGAUCCUGAGGUCCCUCCCAGGGGACGUCUGCGCCUGGGAGCGGGAGUGGGUGGCGGACGGUGGCCCUCCCGUAUGCCCACGGGGCCUGGUGCCGCAGCUGCUAGAGGUCGCGGCGCGCGCGGACGCGGAGUUGUUGCAGGCGCUCUGGGCGGAGCCCUUUUAGUGUGCUGACCUGGUUUGGCGGCGUGUUAGUGCGUAUGUGCCUGCGUUUGGACGUGCGGCUGCAUGCAAUGUUUCCCGUGCGGUAGCUGGUCUGCUGUGUUGUGGAGGUCGGUUCACUGCGGCCUGUGUGCCCCGGAUUGCUUGGGGCCCGUGCGGCCGUGCCUUGGUUUGCUGCGGGUUGGUGUGUGUGUGACUGAGCGUGGUCGUGCCAGGGGGGGGUAGUUUCGACUGGGAAAGCCCCCAUGUUCUAAAACGAAAGAGCUUGACGAGAGGACUCCAAAUCCACUUUCAGAGUUUCAAUCAGGGUAGUAAUGCAAAGUUAUGGGCCCUCAAAGUUCAGGGUCGGUCGUCGGGGUUGGGGGUCCCCAAGGUUUCGUCACACGGAUGUGGGUGGGACUGCCAGAUUUCGUCUCUGCGCCCUAAAUGCCCCUCUAAACGCUCCGCCCAUUAGCACAAGUACUAGCACACAUUAGCAUGCACAUACUAAAGCAUUUGCAGAACGUUUGGCCUCUGGAAAGCGGCCGCAUGUCUCUCCACAUCGGCAUUGUAGUAGCGUAGAGCCCCACUCGAGCGUCUCUCACUGGUGUCAUGGAGACUAUACGAUCUGAUGAUAACGUGUAACGGCCAAGGCUU